CGCUGCUCCGCCGGACGGACGGAGGAAGAAACAAGCACGUGCGCUCUCCCCACAGGCUGCACGCUGAAAUCAGAUCAGAGAACAACGGACCGGGCCAUCAUCGAUCAUCUCGAUCAUUUAGUUCGAUCAGAAAUGACGAAGACGAAGAAGGAGAAGGUUUCCGCGGACGGAGAGGAGGCCGCCGCCGCCGCCGCCGCCGGGAACGAGAAGUCUUACCAGGAGCUGAUCGCCAACGUGAACCCGAUCGCUCAGCCGCUGGCCUCCAAAAAGCUCAGCAAGAAGCUCUACAAAUGCGUCAAAAAGGCUGCCAAAGUGAAGAACAUCCGGCGAGGAGUGAAAGAAGUCCAGAAGUUCAUCAACAAAGGGGAGAAGGGGAUCGUCGUGUUGGCCGGCGACACGCUGCCCAUCGACGUCUACUGUCACCUGCCGGUCAUGUGCGAGGACAGAGACCUGCCGUACGCCUACAUCCCGUCCAAGAUGGAUCUGGGUUCGUCCGCGGGCUCCAAGAGGCCGACCUGCGUGAUCCUGAUCAAACCUCACCAGGAGUACCAGGACGCCUACGACGAGUGUGUGGAGGAGGUGUCCGGCCUGCCCAAACCGCUCUGAGGCCUCGGCCAAUCAGUGAGCGGCAUUUUAGGAAAUCCACUUGUUUCUCGUCAGCGGCUCCAACGAAAACAGCUGAUCGGUCAGAGGUGGAGCUGAGCUAGCAGUUUCCCCCCCGCUUCCAGUGUUUGUGCUAAGCUAGGCUAAACCUGUCCUGGACCAUCUGGCUCCGGAGAAGACGGGGAACCAAAGGGUUUUAAUAAAUGUCGGUUUCUGUUAAUCCACGAACGUUCAAAUGAACAGAGACGUUUCACUUCCUCUUCAAACAACACAUUCAUCUAUUUUUUCAACCAAAUGCAGAAAUGAAUAAUCUGUUAAUAACAUUUCAGCAAAAUAAACCGUGCAGGCGAACGGAGCGAUAGAUGUUCAGUUUAAGUAUUUAAAGCUCCAGCGUGGAACAUGCGGAGGAUCUGAGAUGGAACGGAUUAUUGAUAAGUGUCUUUUCACGAGUGUUGAACAGUUUCUCGUCCGCGGAGGCGAGGGCGAGGCGAGAGGUUCACGUCUGCAGAUUCACCGCUAGAUGCCACUGAAUCCUCCACGCCGGCCCUUUAAGACGUCAGAAAUCUGCCAGUUUGAUCAUUUUGCAGAAAAAGUUUUUGUUCUGUGAUUUCUUUUGUUUGUUUUUCUCUCGACUCGACGGCGUUUGAGUUUUGGACCGCUGAUGGAUUUCUGUGUUUCGGCUGUUUUUGUUUUAAUUCCAUGUAAAAGUGACUGAUGAUCAAGUUUCUUUAUAAAUGUUUUGUUAUGUUUUACAAAUUCUGA